AUGGCUGGCACAACGGUGCCAAAGCAACAUGAGAUUCAAGUACCCGAGACAUUGUUGAAAAAGAAGCGUACGGAUGAAAGAGUAAAAGAACAAGCCCUUCAAGCCAAGCAAGCUGAACAAAAGCAACGAGCGGUCAACCGUCAACUUGCAUUCAAAAGAGCAGAUCAAUACGUCAAAGAAUAUCGACAACGAGAACGAGAUGAGAUCCGACUACGUCGUCAAGCCAAAAGCGUUGGCAACUUGUACGUUCCUGCCGAUCCCAAGCUGCUGUUUGUCGUGCGUAUCAAGGGUAUCAAUGAUAUCCAUCCACGUGUUCGCAAAGUCUUACAACUCUUUCGCCUCUUGCAAAUCAACAAUGGCGUCUUUGUGCGUUUGAACAAGGCAACGGCGCAAAUGUUACAAAUCAUCGAGCCCUAUGUCACUUAUGGCCCUCCCAAUCUCAAGACCGUACGUGAACUCAUCUACAAGCGAGGAUUCGUCAAGGUGGAUGAACAACGUAUUCCCAUCACCGACAACGAUGUCAUUGCAAAACAACUCGGCAAGCUGGAUAUGAUUUGUGUGGAGGAUGUGAUCCAUGAGAUUUAUACGGUGGGUCCCCGUUUCAAAGAGGUCAAUCGCUUCCUGUGGCCUUUCAAGUUGAACAAUCCUACAGGAGCAUGGGAAAAACGCAAGUUUCGGCAUUAUGUGGAAGGUGGUUCAGCCGGUGAUCGUGAAAAGGAUAUCAAUCGAUUAGUGCAAUCCAUGAUUUGA